AUGCGCAACGCCGACAUCGUCACUCUAUACAAGAACAAGGGCGACCGCAGCGACUGUAACAACUACCGUGGAAUAUCCCUCGUUGGGAAGGCCUUCGCCCUUGUAGUCCUCAACAGACUGCAGUUGCUCGCAGAGCGCGUAUACCCCGAGAGACGAUCGCUGUACAUCACACUUAUUGACCUGACCAAGGCCUUCGACCUCGUCAGCAGGAACGGCCGUUUCACUCUGCUGCAGAAGAUUGGAUGUCCCUCCAAGCUCCUGAGGAUGAUCACAUCUUUCCAUGAAGACAUGCAGGGCACCGUACAGUACGAUGGUUCCUCCUCAGACCCAUUUCCAAUCAAGAGCGGGGUGCUCUUUGCUGAUGAUGCAGCACUGACAACACACUCUGAAGAAGCAUUGCAGCCACUCAACAACUGCUUCCCGCAUGCAUGCAGAGAGUUUGGCUUGACAAUCAGCCUAAAGAAGACAAACAUCCUGGGCCAAGAUGUGAGCAGUACCCCAAGCAUCAUCAUUGGCGAUUACACCCUCGAGGUCGUCCAGGACUUUACGUACCUUGGCUCCACCAUCUCCAGCAACCUCUCCCUGGACGCCGAACUCGACAAGCGCAUCGGCAAGGCGGCAACUGCCACGGCUUGCCUGGCAAAAAGGGUCUGA